GCCGGCCGCACUCGCACGACCCGCCCCCCCCCGACCCACCACCACUACCUCCCUCCCCCACCUCGGGAUCGCCCCACGCGCCAAUCUCCCUCCGGCGCCGCGGUACGGCACGGCGGGGGUGACCACGGCACGUGCGCUGCGCGGCGGGCGCCUGCAGCCUACUACUCCGUCACGUAACGGCGUCUCUCUCGCGGCGGUGGCAACGACCAGGUGCGGGGGGCCGCGCGCGCGCGCGUGCCGUAUAAAGUCUUCCACAGCUCACACGGGCAGCCGCCUGCCUAGCUAGCCGCUGGUAGAGGAGGAGAAGCCGUAGCAGCGUGUGCAGAGAGAGAAGAGGGAGAGUUCAGAGGGGGGAGAGAGAGAGAGAGAGAGAGAGAGAGAGAGAGAGAGAGAGUUCUCCACUCCUUGCAAGCUCUUGCGCGCGCGUGCUCGGGGAAGGUCAAUUGUUCCGGCGAUCGUUCCCAGCCGAGGAGAAUUGCGCGUCCGGCGGCGAGGCGAUGCGACUGACCGACUGAUGCGCUAGAAUUAUGGGCAUCCAAGGGAACAAGGCGACGCACGACUUCCUCUCGCUCUACGCCCCCGCCGCCGCGGCCGCGGCCGCCGCCAAGGACUCGUCUCUCCAGCUCCACGACUCCAAGCCUCCCGCCGCCUCCCAAGGUUUCUUUCUGAAGACGCACGACUUCCUGCAGCCGCUGGAGAAGCCGGCGGCGUCGGCACCGUCCGGCGCGGAGAGGCAGCCGCAGACGACGAAGCACGCGCUGCCGGGCGGCAUCGGCACGUUCAGCGUCAGCCAGCAGGCGCCCGGAGCCGCCGGACCACUGCCGGCCGCCACCGCCGCGGUGGUGGUGAAGCCCGAGCCGCCGGCGUUCGUGCUCUGGGGCCAGCCCACGGCAUCACAACCACCGAGAGCACAAGGUACCCACGAUCAGUCCCCUCUCCGGCCGCCGUCGCCCGUGAGCCGUGGUGGAAGCCAGCGGUCGUAGAUGCUGCUACGCGCUCCGGGGCCGGGCCUUUGCUUUCCGGUCGUCGAUCGACGUCGACGUGCCGGGCGCACGCAGGCACGCACGCACGCACGUGGAUCACGUCGUCUUCUCCCUCUCACCACGUCAGUGCGCAGGGCUCAGUACCUAACCUACCCACCGCCCGCGCUGU